UCUCUCUCUAGUUGAGCUUCAGACCGGGGGAGAGAGCGAGGCAGCAGCAGCAUGAGGAGAAACCAGAGACCGCUAUGAGACGGCGCUGCAGCCUGACAGUCCGGACUCAGGGUUUAGGUUUAGAGGACGACGAGGUCGACGUGUGUCCUCCUCAGAGCUGACAGCUGCAUCGUCUCCCUCUGGAAACCUCUCCCGCUUUAUCCCCCGGAGCAUCUUCAGGGAGCGAGCUGCUCCUUCAGCGCCAGACUUUUCUCAGGACGUCAGGACCACAGCUGGAGGAUCCUCCUGAAUGAUUUCAGCAGCUGUGAGAGUAAAAAGUUCUGACUUCAGCCCGGAGUUUUGUUCAUCACCUCGGGGGACGGCUGCAGGAUGACAAAGUUUGGAAGUUGUUUCUGGCACCGCAGGAAGAGACAUGUCAUGUAGUCAACCUGCAGGCGGCUCCGUAUCUUUCGUGACUUUUGUUCAUCUGUUUAAUCCCUUCUUAGUUUAGUUUUUUUCAGUUGACUGAAGCUGGACUACAGCCUCGAUCCGUGACUUCUUUAAGUCUUGGCUUAUUUCAGUGUUUUUGCAGAAGUCAGUUUCUGAUCAGUGUUUUCUAAUAUCAACAUCAUGUCUUCUUCACCAAAGGAGGUUAAAUAAGGUUAAAUAUCUGGACUGGUGACUGUCGUCAUUAUUCCUGGACCUCGGAGGGAAGGAAGAGAACAGUGUCUGGAGUUUUCUCAGGUGCAUUUAUGAUUUUUUUUUUUCAACCCAGCAGAAAAGAGAAGGAGCCAUGACUAUUUUUUCGACCUUCUAAAGGUUCUCGAUCAGUUUGACUUCAGUCAGUGAACUAUGAGCUGUCCUCUGCUCCUUAUCUGCAUUUCUGACUUUAAUCAGGAUCAGUAGCUGUGUCCUUUGGCCAGUGAGGAGUUAAAUCUUCUCCUUUGAUAUUUCAUCCUCUACGUCUGCGAGGAGUUAACUGUGAGAGCUCUGAGCCGUGGUUCACAUCUCAGCGAUGCAUCGCGGCUCCAGCGGCUGCUGCUGCUGCAACUCGAGGAAUUUCAGGAUCAGCGAGACAGAAACAGGGAUGUGCAGCGUUGCAGCUCCUCAUCGGUUCCUCUGCAGAUGAUAAAGAUCUUUGUCCCUGCGUUCAGAGCUGAGUCAGAGCCUUCUCUGCAGACGGACCCAGACUCCAGCAUCGCGCAGUGGGAACACGACUCGGCUGCUUCUGACUUCUCCCCUGUUCCCCAGUGUUUGUCCACGGGAGGAAGACGAAUCAACCAGCCGAAUAUGAGACAACAAAAUCUGAGCAUUAACGAAUUAAACUUCCAAAUAUUUCUGGUGGAAAGGCAGCGGAGCCGAGCUGGAGGUCGGACCAGUGCUCGCUCAGCGUCUGGAAUGUGUUGCUGUGAUUCGGUGAAGUCGUCUCUGGUUCAGGCUGAACUCUUCCUCUGACGGGUGGAAAGGACUUCAUGGUAUGGAUACUUUCCAUGACAUUUUUGGAUCUUGGAUUUGAGGCACGGUUCCAGAUUCCCUCCUUCACUGACUGCAGAGUGGAAUAUAUGACGACCUGGCUCCUAAAACUGGAUUAGAUUCAAGAGAGAGAGAUUAUUUUCCUUACAGUUUUAGAGGAUUAUUUCAUAUCUGAAUUUAAAACUUCUCUUGAGGUUGGAACGUUUUUGGUUUUUCUGCUACAACGAAUGUUUCAGAACCUGCAGCUCAACUCGUCUGUUCUCAGCCGGAGCUGAUUAUUCAGAAAACUCUUUCCAGCGGAGAAGCGUUCUGUGGACGGGGACCAGCUCGCCCACCAUGCUCCCCGGAGGGCUGGUGUCGGGCGGAGGGUGUCGCGGCGGAGGGCUGGGGAUGCUCCGGUGGCUGGGCCUCAGGCUGUGGUCCCGCCGGGGGACCCUGGUGUUCGCUCUGCUCUGGUUCGGGUCCUGGUUGUUUCUGAACGGGCUGGUUCUGGUCCACAGGACCAUUCUGUCCGACUACUGCACCGACGAUAAGAGCAAGAGGAUCCUGCAGAGACUGUGCCUGGAGUUCGGUGAGGGUUCGGUGACGGGGGACAUGUGUGAGGACCUGUGUGUCCUCGGCCUGGUCGAGUACAAACGCUGCCUCUACUACGAAAACGGAAAGAAGGUGAUCGAGGCCCACUGGAGAGGAAAGCCUGUCAUCCUCAAGUCCAAGCUGGAGAACUUCUCCUCUUAUGAGCCUCUGGGAAUCCUGGACUACCAGGACACGGCGGAGGACCUCUCCCCUCUGGAUGUAGUUUAUUAUGCCACACUGGAAGUUCGGAACUCCUUGGGUCUGGCCGAGGAGGGAAAGGAAGUGGCUUACAACAGCUCGGUGGCCGGAUUCUGGGGCAAGAAGCUGCAGAACAGAGACAAGAGUUACUCCAGAGCAGAGCUGGCCUCCCUCUGGUCGCUGCUGCAGCAGGAGGAGUACACCUUCCUGAGAGUCCUGCAGGACCUCAGCUCCCACGUGGCCCAGGUCUUGGGCUCCUGUGGUCACUUCUACGCCGUGGAGUUCCUGUCGGCCGGACACGCCUGGGACCAGAACAUCUUUUCCCUGGACGAGGUGGCUUCCUCUGGGCUCAGUGAUGCGGGCGGAGGUCGAGGGCGCUGGAGCUCCAGGGAGAUGGUGCAUCGCAUCGCUCUGAGCUUCCUGGACAUGGUGUGGCACUUCGACAAUGACUUCACCCACAAACUCCACCUCUGUGACAUCAAACCAGAGAACUUCGCCAUCAGGAAGGACCUGACGGUGGUGGCCAUCGACGUGGACAUGGCGUUCUUUGAGCCGAAGAUGAGGGACAUCCUGGACCAGAACUGCAGCAGCGACGACGACUGUAACUUCUUCGACUGCUCGUCCAGGUGCAACCUGAGCAAACGCAGGUGUAGCCCCCAACGCAGGAACAGCAACCUGCAGGUGAUUUGUGAGAAGAUUUUCAGGCCGUGGUUUUCUCCCACGCUGCUCGGGGCCAAAGCCGGACUUCCUCUGCAGGUGGAGCUGCAGCGAGCGGUGCAGGAGUGUUCAGAAAGUGACGGACCAGGAGAUGGGGACGUCCACCAGCGUCUUCUCAGCAUCAUCAAGCGCCUCCUCAGUGAGGGAGGGGCCGAAGGAGGAGGGGCCUCUGAGGGAAAAGGCCACACCCACACCGCUCUGAACUUCUGAGGAGGAGAAAGGGAAGAAGAGUCUAAUCAACCCUGUGACUUUCAGACAGAUCUGAAAGACGCUCCCGAUGUUUCCUCAUGUGAGGACGAUGUCACGGAUUCACUGGACCCGGUCAAACAAACAACAUGACUGUUUGAAUGUUUUAGUGACAAGCGCUGAGCCUCCAGUGAAAACGGAAACGAGACACUAGUUUCUCCUGUUUAGUCACUUUGUUCUAGUUUGACUCUGUGAAGGCUGAUAAUGAUUCAGACCAGAAUGAUUUCACUCUGAAUAAAAACUUCAAUAAGUCUUGAUACAAUAGAAGAAAAGAAAAACAUUUAACAUUUUAGAGUAAAUUUCACUUCUGAUAGUCUCUUGUAUCACAGAUGCAGAUUUCCACUUUAAUUCUCUGACUUUAGUUCUUUUUUUGUUUCCUUAACGUUACCAUGCAGCAACUGAACAUUAGACGUACGAGAUCCUUUAUAAUAAAAUCUCUAAUGAAC